GUCUGCUAUAAACGCCAUGUCUGUUCUCGUCUUCUUUUCGCCAUCCUACAGCGUGGUAUCGACCUGCAGUGACGACGACCAUGUCUGGUUUAACGCCCGAAGACAUUGCCUACUACCAAGCACACGCGGACGAUGAUCUUCGGCCUAACCAGAUCGCCGCGGACGUUGUCGGCAUCUUGCUGGCCGUCUCAGCAGUGGCGGCGCGGUUCCUGUCACGAUACCGCUCGCGAGCUCGAUUGAACUGGGAUGAUUACCUUAUUUUGGUUGCUUUGAUGGGCCAGCUCACGUAUGCUGUGUUGAAUUUUAUGAGUGUCCACAACGGAGAAGGUCUACACAUCAUCUUUGUCAAGAACCAGAAACUCUUUAUACAGCAUUAUGUCGCUGCGAUCAUCACGUACUCGAUCACCGUCAUGCUCACCAAAAUAUCCAUCCUGUUUCUCUACCAUCGCAUCUUCCCGGUCAAAUGGCUUUUGGUGGUCUCAUACAUCAUGGGCGCGGUGGUUAUCGCGUACAAUCUGGCCGUGGUGUUUACCGCAGCCUUCCAAUGUAUUCCUCUCUCGUCGAUGUGGACUGGAGAGCAAGGGCAAUGCAUCAACGUCUCUCCGCCGUAUACUGCUCUUGCCAUUGUCAAUGUAGUCACCGACGUUGCCAUCCUCGCGCUUCCCGUCAAGCCGGUCCUCGGGCUACAGAUGCGAAGAGGCCGCAAGAUCCAGGUGUUGACUAUCUUCCUUCUGGGCGGAAUCGUCUGCAUCUUCGGCAUCGUGUGCUGCAUCGCAAUCUCCACCAUGGAAUCCACCGACCCCAGCUACAACGCCGCCUACCCCGGCAUCUGGUCCUAUAUCGAGAUCUCCGUCGGCAUCCUAGCAGCCUGCGUGCCCACAUUCGGUCCCCUUUUCAAACACCGCAGGAAGAAUCAGUACACGACCGACCCCUACGGAUCGGGGACGGGCUCCGGCCGUCGCUGGAAACUCACAUCCAACCGGUCGAAAGAUACGCAGCGAGAGGAUAUCUUGCUGACGGAGACUUCGGAUCCUAAUGAUUCUUGGGUGGAUACCCAUUGCGAGGGGAAGAAGGGCGUGCCGGGGAUGGAUCAUCAGUCGCCGAAUAUUAUGGUACAGAAGGAUCUGCGUCAGAGUGUUAAUUUUGUGUAGGAUAGUCUGUAUCAUCAUGUGGAUUGGCUUGUUAACUGGUUU